UUGUUUGCAGAUCUCCACGGGCAGUUCUAUGAGAACACGGUGGUAGUUCAGUACGACAAGGACUUGCUAGAAGUUUGGGAUGAAGCGAAGCGUCUCCGGUGUGAGUGGUUCAACGAUUACGAGAAAACGGCAUCAAAACCACCUAUGGUUAUCGCAGACUUGGACGUAGUUCAGUUAGAUUUUAGAGGUGACAACGUUGACUGCUGGAUGGAAAUCCAGGCUGGUAAAGGACCAUGGGCUGCCCCUGUCUCCGGGAUUGUACCUCUCGGAUCAACUCUAACGUUGGUUGUAGCCAUUAAUGAUUAUCGAGGUGAAUUCGAUAUGCGUGUUAAGUCUUGUGCAGCAUCUGAUGGUUCCGGCCACGUUAUACAGCUGUCUGAUGAGUACGGUUGUGUUCUGCGACCUAAAAUGAUUUCCAGAUUUCUCAAAGCGAAAGCCGUGGAUGAGCGAGCAACAGUGAUCACGUACGCAUUCUUUCACGCGUUCAAAUUCCCCGAUGCGCUGAGUGUUCACAUACGAUGCAAGGUGGAAAUAUGCAGGCAUGGCUGUCUAGAUCACUGUCAGCUAGCUGGCAUAGCGCCUCAGAGACAUGGAGCGUUAGAUAGAAAGGAUGAUAGAACUCAACAAGGCCAUAAUGAUAUCGGGGACUCCUUAGAAGAAUCAGACCUUAGUCUAGCUGAGGAUCACCAACGACUGCCGCUUGAAGAAGCAUUCGGUGAUGAAGUCUCUGGUGACGCGGUCCCAGCCCCAGCACCACAACGAGCACCCGCACCUGUCGUUGAAGCAGACUCCGAUCAUAUGUCCGCUGUCGAAGAACUUGUUGAAGCACUCGCAAGACCCUUCACUGAUCGCCCAUCGGAUCUCGGUGAACGAGAGCGUUUCCCUCACGGACCAAGAAAUCUUGGUUCCAACGUCAAACUAGAGCCGGGAGAUGGCGUUGUUUCCACGAAGCAUCCCGGACCAGCCGUAGCUGGUCCUAGAUCCCUCCGUAAAAGAAGAACAGUAAGGGACGCCAGGUCAGCGGAUGUUGGUGUAUCAGGAAUAUACGAUGUUGUAUCAGAGGCAGACCUCGCGUUUGGACCAACCAGGGAACCAGUCACUGUGUUCAGUGGAAGAAUACGCGAAGAGGUGGUAUAUGGAAUUUGUAUGGGCGCUGUCAGCUUUGGCGCUUUAUUCGCUUCAGCGGCUGGAGCGGCUGCAGGCGCAGCGCUUGCAGCGGCUAUAUUGUUACAUAAACUACGAUCUAGGACUCAACCUCAAGUAACUCCCGCGGUCGCGUCUCACUCACUCGCCGCCUGGAUGGCAUUAAGACUCCUUGGAUCACCACAUUCACGUGAAGGGUGA